GAUCAAAGGUGCGGAGCGUCCAUCCUCAGCGAGCCCCACCUGAGCAACUGCACCGCCUGAGCGGAGACUCUGCAGACACCAGAACCACGACCAGGACAGGGUUUUUCUUUUUCUUCUUCUUCUUCUUCCUGAGCAGCUGCUGGUUUGUGAACAAAGUGUCGUCGAGCAGAACUGAGCUGCUGCCAACACGGACACAGGAGGAGCUUCACCCACAGUGCCUGCAGCUGAAAACCAGCUACCAUGACGGACGCAGACAAGUUCCUGUAUGGGGACCGCGGGGGGGUGAGCAACCCCCUGGCUCAGGCCGACUGGGCCACCAAGAAGCUGGUGUGGGUCCCCAGCGAGAAACUGGGCUUCGAGGCCGGAUCAGUCAAAGAGGAGAAGGGAGAAGAGUGUCUGGUGGAGCUGGCGGACUCUGGCAAGAAGGUGAAGGUAAACAAGGAUGACAUCCAGAAGAUGAACCCACCCAAGUUCAACAAGGUGGAGGACAUGGCCGAGCUCACCUGCCUGAACGAGGCGUCUGUGCUGCACAACCUCAAAGAGAGAUACUACUCUGGCCUCAUCUAUACGUAUUCUGGUCUGUUCUGCGUGGUCAUCAACCCAUACAAGUACCUGCCCAUCUACACCGAGGACAUCGUGAACAUGUACAAGGGCAAGAAGAGGCACGAGAUGCCUCCUCACAUCUACGCCAUCACCGACACGGCCUACAGGAGCAUGAUGCAGGACCGUGAGGACCAGUCCAUCCUUUGCACUGGGGAAUCAGGAGCAGGAAAAACAGAAAACACAAAGAAAGUCAUUCAGUAUCUUGCACAUGUUGCCUCUUCAUUCAAGUCCAAGAAAGACCAGGGCAGUGCUGUGUUGUCACAUGGGGAACUGGAGAAGCAGCUGCUGCAAGCCAAUCCCAUCCUGGAGGCCUUCGGCAACGCAAAGACGGUCAAGAACGACAACUCCUCGAGAUUUGGAAAAUUUAUCAGGAUCAACUUUGACGUCAAUGGAUACAUCGUUGGAGCAAACAUUGAAACUUAUCUGCUGGAGAAGUCUCGAGCCAUCAGACAAGCUAAAGAUGAGAGGAGUUUCCACGUCUUCUACUACAUGCUGACCGGAGCCGGAGACAAGCUGCGCUCUGAGUUGUGUCUGGAGGAUUACAGCAAGUACCGAUUCCUGUCCAACGGAAAUGUGACGAUUCCUGGGCAGCAGGACAAAGACAUGUUCGUCGAAACCAUGGACGCCUUCAAGAUCAUGAGCAUCCCAGAGGAGGAAAGAAUCGGUCUGUUGAAGGUGGUGUCGGCUGUGCUGCAGUUGGGGAACAUGAGUUUCAAGAAGGAGCGUCACAGCGACCAGGCCUCCAUGCCCGAUGACACCGCUGCUCAGAAAGUGUGUCAUCUGCUGGGCAUCAACGUGACCGACUUCACACGAGCCAUCCUGUCUCCCAGAAUCAAGGUUGGCAGAGACUACGUCCAGAAGGCCCAGACUCAGGAGCAGGCAGAGUUUGCUGUCGAGGCUCUGGCCAAAGCCUCUUACGAGAGGAUGUUCCGCUGGCUGGUCCUGAGAAUCAAUAAAGCUUUGGACAAGACCAAGAGGCAGGGAGCUUCUUUCAUCGGCAUCCUGGACAUCGCUGGGUUUGAGAUCUUUGAGUUGAACUCGUUUGAGCAGCUGUGCAUCAACUACACCAACGAGAAGCUGCAGCAGCUCUUCAACCACACCAUGUUCAUCCUGGAGCAGGAGGAGUACCAGAGGGAGGGCAUCGAGUGGAGCUUCAUCGACUUCGGCCUCGACCUGCAGCCCUGCAUCGACCUCAUCGAAAAGCCUGCCGGUCCUCCAGGCAUCCUGGCUCUGCUGGAUGAAGAGUGCUGGUUCCCCAAAGCCACAGACAAGAGCUUUGUGGAGAAGGUGGUUCAGGAGCAGGGAACGCACCCCAAGUUCCAGAAACCCAAGAAACUCAAGGACGAUGUAGAUUUCUGCAUCAUGCACUACGCUGGGAAGGUGGACUACAAGGCAGAUGAAUGGUUGAUGAAAAACAUGGAUCCGCUGAAUGAAUGUGUGGCCACUUUGCUCAACCAGUCGACAGACAAGUUCACGUCUGACCUGUGGAGAGACAUGGAUCGUAUUGUUGGACUCGACAAAGUGGCAGGAAUGUCGGACUCUAUGCACGGUGCGUUCAAAUCCCGCAAGGGCAUGUUCCGUACCGUGGGCCAGCUGUACAAGGAGCAGCUGGGGAACCUCAUGGCCACACUGAGGAACACCAACCCCAACUUUGUCCGCUGCAUCAUCCCCAACCACGAGAAGAAGGCUGGUAAACUGGAGCCUCACCUGGUUCUGGACCAGCUCAGGUGUAACGGAGUCUUGGAGGGGAUUCGUAUCUGCAGACAGGGUUUCCCCAAUCGCAUCGUCUUCCAGGAGUUCAGACAGAGAUAUGAAAUCCUCACUCCCAGUGCCAUUCCCAAAGGCUUUAUGGAUGGGAAGCAAGCCUGUGUGCUCAUGAUCAAAGCCCUGGAGCUCGACCCGAAUCUGUUCCGCAUCGGUCAAAGCAAAGUGUUCUUCAGAGCCGGAGUCCUGGCUCAGCUGGAGGAGGAGAGAGACAUGAAGAUCACCGACGUGAUCAUCAGCUUCCAGGCCUGGUGCCGAGGAUACGUGGCCCGCAAAGCUUUUGCCAAGAGACAGCAGCAGCUGACAGCCAUGAAAGUCAUCCAGCGAAACUGUGCAGCUUAUCUCAAACUCAGGAACUGGCAGUGGUGGAGGCUUUUCACAAAGGUGAAGCCUCUGCUGCAAGUGACCCGGCAGGAGGAGGAGAUGUUGGCCAAGGAAGAGGAGCUGGUGAAGGUGAAGGAGAGACAACUGCAGGCCGAGGAGCAGCUCAAAGAAUUCGAGACCAAGCAGCAGCAGCUGAAUGCCGAGAAGUUGGCUCUUCAGGAGCAGCUCCAGGCAGAGACGGAGCUCUGUGCAGAGGCUGAAGAGAUGAGAUCUCGACUGGCCACCCGGAAACAGGAGCUGGAGGAGAUCCUGCACGACCUGGAGUCUCGCCUGGAGGAAGAGGAGGAGAGGGUCACACAGAUGCAAACCGAUAGAAAAAAGAUGCAGCAGAACAUCACGGAACUGGAGCAGCAGCUGGACGAAGAGGAAGCAGCCAGACAGAAGCUCCAGAUGGAGAAAGUCACCACGGAUGCCAAAUUGAAGAAACAAGAGGAGGAGAUCAUGGUGCUGGACGACCAGAACAGCAAACUCAACAAGGAGAAGAAGCUGCUGGAGGAGAGGAUCUCUGAGUUCACCACCAACUUGACCGAGGAGGAAGAAAAGUCCAAAAGCCUGCAGAAACUCAAGAACAAACAUGAAGCCAUGAUCACAGACUUGGAAGAUCGUCUGAGAAAAGAGGAGAAAGGGCGUCAGGAGUUGGAGAAGAAUCGUCGUAAACUUGAGGGAGACUCCACUGAGCUCAGCGACCAGAUUGCAGACCUCCAGGCUCAAAUUGCCGAACUUCGAGCUCAGCUGGAAAAGAAAGAGGAGGAGCUUCUUAAUGCACUGGCCAGGAUUGAAGAAGAGGCUGCAGCUAAGAACACGGCCCACAAGAAGAUCCGGGAGUUGGAUGCCCAGAUCUCAGAGCUGCAGGAGGACCUGGAGCUGGAGAGGCAGGCUCGCUCCAAGGCUGAGAAACACCGCAGAGACCUGGGAGAGGAGCUGGAGGCUCUUAAGACCGAGCUGGAGGACACUUUGGAUUCAACUGCAGCACAGCAGGAGCUCAGGUCCAAGCGUGAGACGGAGGUCACCCAGCUGAAGAAGACGCUGGACGAAGAGGCCAAGCUUCACGAGCAGCAGAUGGCCGACAUGAGACACAAACACAAUCAGGCGUUUGACGAGCUCAACGAGCAGCUGGAGCAGGCCAAGAGGAACAAGGUGUCGGUGGAGAAAGCCAAGCAGGCCCUGGAGAGCGAGUGGAACGAGCUGCAGAUCGAGCUGAAGACUCUGACACAAGGCAAAGGAGAUUCUGAGCACCGUCGCAAGAAGGCCGAAGCCCAGGUUCAAGAACUGCAGGUUAAAUUUGGAGAAAGUGAGCGACAGAGGCAGGAGUUCUCCGACAAGAUAACCAAGAUGCAGUCGGAGCUUGACAACGUAAACAGCCUCCUGAGUGAAGCAGACGGCAAGAACAUCAAAUCCAGCAAGGACCUUUCCUCUGUGGAGUCUCAGCUGCAGGACACACAGGAGCUGCUCCAGGAGGAAACUCGGCAGAAACUCUCCCUGUCGACCCGCCUGAGGCAGAUGGAGGACGAACAGAACAGUCUGCAGGAGUUGCUGGAGGAAGAGGAGGAGAGCAAGAAGAACGUGGAGAAACAAGUUACCACUCUGCAGGCCCAGCUGGCAGAGAUGAAGAAGAAGCUGGAACUGGAGACGUCGUCGCUGGAGGGGGCGGAGGAGGGCCGCAAGAGGAUCCAGCGGGAGAUGGACAGCGUGACGCAGCAGCUGGAGGAGAAGACUGCAGCGUACGACAAACUGGACAAAACAAAAACUCGUCUGCAGCAGGAGCUGGAUGACCUGCUGGUGGAUCAGGCUCACCUGAGGCAGAUCGUGUCCACCUUGGAGAAGAAGCAGAAGAAGUUUGAUCAGAUGCUGGCGGAGGAAAAGACUAUUUCUACUCAGUAUGCGGAGGAGCGUGACAGGGCCGAGGCUGAAGCCAGGGAGAAGGAAACGCGAGCGCUGACGCUGGCCCGCGAGCUGGAGACCAUGACGGACAUAAAGGACGAGCUGGACCGGGCCAACAAAAUGCUCAAAGCUGAGAUGGAAGACUUGGUCUCGUCCAAGGAUGAUGUCGGCAAGAGUGUUCAUGAGCUGGAGAGGUCGAAGCGUGCCAUGGAGCAGCAGCUGGAGGAGAUGCGAGUUCAGCUGGAGGAGCUGGAGGACGAGCUGCAGGCCACAGAAGAUGCCAAACUGCGUCUGGAAGUCAACAUGCAGGCCAUGAAGGCCCAGUUCGACCGAGACCUGCAGGCCAGAGACGAGCAGGGAGAGGAGAGGAGGAAGCAGCUCGUUAAACAGGUGCGCGAGAUGGAGAUCGAGCUGGAGGAUGAACGCAGGCAGCGCACUCAGGCUCUGUCGUCCAGGAAGAAGCUGGAGAUGGACCUGAUGGACCUCGAAGCCCAGAUCGACGCUGCCAACAAAGGCCGCGAUGAGGCCCUCAAACAGCUGAAGAAACUCCAGGUGAAAUACACACACAUCCACAGACAUGCACACAGGAAAGAGUCAUGUAGAAGAUUGAUGGGCUUCACAGCGGACAAGACAAACAGCCGAAUGCGUCAGCUGAAGCGUCAGCUGGAGGAGACGGAGGAGGAGCUGACGAGAGCCAACGUCUACCGCAGGAAGCUGCAGAGGGAGCUGGAAGACGCCACUGAGUCAGCAGACGCCAUGAACCGUGAAGUCAGCACUCUGAAGAGCAAGCUGAGACGUGGGGACCUGCCUUACAACAUGCGGCGCGCCUUGAAUCGCACCGGCCUGGACAGCGACGAGGACGGAGAAGUUGUGACUGAGACUGCUGAGCCUGCAGCCGAGUAAAGAGGAAGAGGAAGAGAGUCAAAAGGGAAAUAUUUUAACGACCACAUACAAAUAUAGUAAAACGAUCAAAGAUUUAGCCUUCAUUCUCUUUGUUUCUUUCCAUUUCAUGCAUUUAUAUUUGGCCAAAUCUUACUCACCUCUGGCAACGUCAGCAAUGUUUUUCUACUCUCUAAGGCUUUAAAAAAAUAUUUCUCUUGGUCUAUUUUUCUACUUAAGGGUGUGUUAUAUCAUGCAACAUCGCUCCUGCGUCAAGCCAUCGCAGCUUAAUUUUGCUCGGGCUUGAGGUUAAUGUGCUGUUUACUGUUUUUUUGGAAAAACACUGGUCAUUUUAUGCUCGUUUUGCACACAGAUGUGUUUUUUCUGGGACUUUUGAUGCAGUUACAAACAGUAGUUCACAUUUGCUGGUGUCAGUAUGAAUCUCUAUGUCUGUACUGUUUUGUCUUUUUAAAACUUUCACUUUUAUUACCUCAACCAAAAAUCGCACAACUCAGACAAAACAAACAACGUUGAGAAUUGUUGCAUUCCUUACAGUGGUUUCGGUAAAAUGCAGAACUAUUGGUGAAAGUGUUUGGUACAGAUGUUGCUUGAUCGUCUGACAGCUUGGUUGAUGUAUCCUCUCUCACUGGUUUUACACUUUAUUAACUACUGGUGGUGGGUCAUCAUGGGGUAGCUCGCUGUGCUGUGCUUUGCUUUCCACAGCACGACAGAUAGGGGUUUGUAUUGCUGCAUUAGUCUCCAAAUGUUAAAUCCAGUAUAUUUUAGGCAAAUAUACCCUACCACUGUAUUAUCCAAAAAAAAAAAAAAAAAGUCUGUCCUCGAUGCCAACCUUGUAAGGCUGUUCUGUAUUUUAUAAAAUGCCUUAAUGCAAUAAAUAAUAUAAAAUGCA